CUCCGACCAAAGCCUAAACCCUAGUUUCUUCGGAUCAACCAAAAAAAAAAAACCCCCUAAACCCGCGAUAAAAACCAGAAGCUAAAAAUGGCAGAUUGAGCUUCAACUCAUCCGUACCAAACAUCUCUCCCAUUCAUACACCUAGAUACAGUACAGUAGUAUAUAGACGCAUACAAACAUACAUACAUAUAGUUAAUAGUCCAGUUCUCAUGCAAUUCUCCUUUAAUUUUUCUGCUUCCAAUCCUCUACCGUACUUCCCCUUCUCAUGGAAAUCCCACAAAACCAACUUUCUCACUCCCUCACUUGACGAACCCAUAAUACCCAUUAAACCCUCUCUUAAACCCCUGACUCUAUCGAACUCGUUGAAAACCUCACUCAAUUGCGAAUUCCAACGAGGAAAUCUCGACGAACCCACCUCGCCGGCCAGCCUUCCUGUCGUAAUUCUCGGGUCUGGCUCCGUUUCGCGGUAUAUUUGGGACGGGAGUGAGUUGAAAUUGGUUUCUGGCGACGGAAAUAAUGCCGUGUCUUUAAAAUCGUUGCUCUUUUCGGAUUUCGAAGAUGGGUUUGGAAAACUGUUUAGAAUGUGUAGUUUGGGAGUGAGGAAUUUUUUCCUGCCUCGACAAGUUACUGGGAAUUACUUCGAGUAUGUCAAAUGGAAGUUGUUGCACAGGGUCUUCAGUUCUGCUCUUCAGGUUCUUGCCACCCAGGCAAUGUUUCGAGCAAUUGGAGUCGGAUACUCUCGUUCACUUCCAUCAGCAGCUGCCCUAAAUUGGGUCCUGAAGGAUGGGCUUGGGAGGCUCAGUAGGUGCAUCUACACUGCAAGUUUAGCAUCUGCUUUUGAUACCAAUUUGAAGAGAGUUAGGUUUUCAACAUCUGUUCUGUUCAGUUUGAGCAUUGGCAUUGAGUUGCUGACUCCUGCAUAUCCCCAAUAUUUCUUGCUUCUGGCAACUAUAGCUAACAUCGCGAAACAAAUAAGCCUAGCAUGCUAUCUGGCUACUGGUACUGCUGUUCAUCGGAGCUUUGCAGUCGCAGAUAAUCUUGGUGAAGUUUCUGCAAAGGCACAGAUUCAAACAGUGUGCUUUGACAACCUUGGUCUAAUGCUUGCCGCAGCCUUGAACAUUCUAUUCAGAAACAAUCAAAGGUUGCAAGCAGGUUUGCCUUUUGUUGUGUACCCAAUCUUCUCAGCACUUGACCUUAUUGGAAUUUAUCAAGGGUUGAAGCAUGUGCAUCUGCAAACAUUAACUAAGGAUAGGCUUGAGAUUAUAAUCACUAAGUGGGUUGAGUUGGGAUGUGUUCCUUCACCUGCAGAUGUGAGUAAAGUGGAAGGUGUAAAUUUCAUGAAAAACAAUGGCAGAGGAUUGUGGCCGAUAAGAAUUGGUUGCUUAAAUCCCAAACGUCAAAUACCAAGGUUGUCAAUGACGACUAUGCAAUCGUUGAAGGGUGAGGACAUGUACUUUGUAUGCUUGGAGAUCAUAUGCAGUAGAUUGGCUGCAACUCGCCAAGUUAGUCAAGGCAUUGUCCUUUGUGUGCGGGAAGGAUCUUGCACUGCUGAUGUUGUAAUGGGUCUAUUGCAGGCAUGCCAUAUCCGCAAGGCUAUGUUAUCUGGCAGGUGUAGGUGGGAGGACAACUUAGGAGCCUGCUAUGAUUCCAGUUCAGUUUUGAGACAUUGGUUUGAACUGGUUGAAGAUAGCAAGCAAUGUGCUCACCGGGAUUUUACCUUGCUCAAUGAUCGGAUGUUAGAAGUAGGGUGGGCUUGUAAAAACAUUUUAUUGAGCACAGAAGAGCAAGCUCGUUAUAGUUUUUUACAUGAAGAGGACGCGAGAAGAUGACGGAUGUACCUGCCUGAAUCUAACCGGGGUUUGCAGUGGUAGAGGGGCAAUCAGAUAAGAUUUUCCACUUCAAUUCCUGCCAAAGGGUUCAGGUGGUGGUCUGAGGAGCUCGAGCUUGUGCCAUCAAGCGAAUUGUAACUUUUUCAUUUUUGUCGUAAAAAAUGCAAAUUCGUCAUAAAAAUCAAGAUGGACGGGUAUUUUAAUGAAGUUGAUGUAAGUUUAGCUUGAUUCCAAGCAAGACUGUAGCCUACAAAACAUGGGAAUCGGGAUGGAAUUCCACUUUGGAUUAGUUCCCAAGUUAUUAGACGCAUUUGAAUGCAAUAUUCCUGCCUCAUUUCAUUCCGAAUCCAUCUAUGAAUUUCAUGCCUGUC